UUGAGAGACUUCAGAAUCAUCCUCGUCCACCAAACUAUUCCAGACAGAAGUUCAAGAGGUACGUUCUCGCCAACGAGAAAGACCUUAAAUCCGUCGAGGCCUACUUUCAGGAUGGACUCUGCUGUCUGAGGGCACAUGGGGGUCACCCUGGUUUCCCGACCUAGGACACUCCGACACCACCAAAGGUACUCCAUCAACAAUAUAAGCGCUUCUUGCAACUUGAAGGCUGUAGAAUGCUCAAUGAGGAAGUCCCCCAAGCCACAAACAUCAAGACAAUACGCCUCGACAACAUGACUUACAUGCCUCUCACAUUCUUCUGCGGCCAAAAUAUAACAACCUUUACAGGAGGUCCCUUCUCAAUGGAGCCUCACACAAUAGGCCAUUGUAUGUUUACCCAUGCUCCUCCAUUUCCGGUUCCCAUUUCCGUACCACUAAUCAAAGACAAAAUAAUGUGGCUGGAGAUCCGAUUGAGUGGGAACAACUACAGUAUGCUGCUUGGGACCCAAUUAUCAGGCGUUAUACACGUGGGACUACAAGCCAAAGCGACAAACAAUCCAUUCUCUUCGAGGUUCUUCGUCAAGCUUCCACAGCUUAUGUUCUGCUUCAAUCGGCAAAUUCAUAACCCGGAGCAUUUGGUUUCGUUUGCUAUGUAUCCUCAAGGAACUGCUCUCGAAUCAAACGCUGUUCCUCAGAUCAUUGGACCGCAGCUAUCGUUGAACACCCCCUCUCCCUUUCACUUCCGUGCCUGGUCAUGGGCUCCCCUACAAAACAUCCACGGCAUUACUAUAUUCGAACAAAAUGGCCCGGGGUUUAUAGGAAUGAUUAUAGGUUAUAAGAACGGGGGUAUGAGAUUCAUCGGCGACCUCGGACGGUGCAGAAUGUCCGAGUGCAGACGUUCGUUCACCAAAACGCCAAAGCGCAUGUAUAUCGAGAGAUGGCCUGUGCCUUUUCCCUUCUGCCAACGAAUGCCGAUGCGAGUAAACUUUGGCCCUCGUGAUAUCCGGCACAGCAUUCACACGGAAUAUAAUGAAUAUGACCUUGAGGGGGAAUUGCAUUUCUGGUGUGGGCCGAUGAUGAGACCUGAGAUCAGGGUCCUUCCGUCUGGUAGUUGGCGAAGUUCUGAUGAGAUCAAUUGAGAAGCAUGCCCAGUCUUUGGGCAAGACUUAUUCUUAUGUUACGAGGGCGAAGCAUAAAUACUAGGUAGUCAAGGAGUUUGCAAGUUUAUCCUAAAAUAUUCAAGAUCCCAAGAUGUUCUUCGACUUA